GCAAAUAGUUUACUGGAUGGGUGAGAGUGAGAGGAACUCUGUUUCACACCAGGUGAAGACCGGUGAAGCAGGAAAUGCUCUCUGACAGUCUGUGAUAACCAAUCAGAUGCAUUUGAGAGUCUGACCUAUCAGAAUCAUGGCACCAGCUUCACUCACUGAAAUGCCACCAAAUUUCAUAAUAAAAGACAGUGUGAAGAUGAUCGUGUUCUGCAUGACACUGGUUCUCCUUCAUCAAGGAUACACUCUGGUUCCAGUGACCACAGUUCAGCUUGGUGAACCUGCAACCUUCACUUGUACUUUCCUUGAUGAUAAGAUCAGCCAAAGACAGCUUCACUGGUACAAGCAGAGUGCCGGGGAUAACCUGAAAUCAAUUGUAACACUGCGGAAACAUGUAACCCCAAUGUAUGGAUCAGCGUUUUCUGCCUCUAGAAUGGAUGUAAAGGUUUAUGAGAAUAUGAGCAAUCUGACCAUAAGGAGCACAAUUUCAGAAGACGAGGGAAUGUAUCACUGUGCUGUCGUGGACUGGAUCCAAAUGACUUGGAGUGGGACCUAUUUAUUGUUCAAAGGAAACACUCAGAGGACAUCAAACUACACUGUUGUUCAGUGGCCGACAGUUUCUGAUCCAGUCCGUCCAGGAGACUCGGUGACUUUCCAGUGUUCGGUCCUCUCCGACUCUGACAGUAACAUGUGUCGAGGAGGUCGCAGUGUGUUCUGGUUCAGAGCCGGAUUAGACAAAUCUCAUCCAAACAUCAUCUACGCAGAUGGAAACAGACAUGAUGAAUGUGAAAUGAGAUCUGACACACAGAAAAGCUGUGUUUAUCGCCUCACUAAGGACAUCAACUCCACUGAUGCUGGGACGUACUACUGUGCUGUGGCCACAUGUGGAGAGAUAAUAUUUGGAGAUGGAAGCAAACUGGAUGUUCAAGGAACCAGUAUAUGGUCGUCGAUGGCUAAUGGAAUUAUUGUUCUGCUGUGUGCCGUCUUGGCUAUAAGCCUGACUGUGAUAGCCUUCCUUAUUUACACCAUCAAGAAAAACAAGUGUGAUUGUUGCAAUGCUGCUUUUGCCUUGCAAAAAAACAGCGGUGGUCACAAAAGUCAACGGAGCGAUGAGGGCAGGUGGAUUUAUUCUACUGUCAUCUUCACCAUGAUGAAAACUAACAGUGGUGCAAUAAAGGAUGCAAAAACACCUGAGAGAGAGAGGAUCUAUGCAGCUGCCGGGGCUUUUGGGUUUGAUUCAUGAGUUGACAGUGCAGGUUUUCAUCAAUUGGAUCUGUAUUAUCUAGUUUGUUAUUGGGUAAUGAUGUACAUCUCGCUCAAAUACAGUUGCAUGAAGGUUUGUUUGUACAUUUGCAUAAACUUUGAUCAAAAUAGAUAUAAUGAUGAAUAAAUAUUGAAAUGAA